ACGUUAAUUCGAUUGUUAAGUGUUAAAUAUAAAUAAAAAAGUAAUGAAAAAUAUUGCGGUAUAAUGCUUGUGGUUAGAGAGAGACAGUUUGAAGUGCAAGACAGAUAGAAAGUGACAGCAGGGCAUCGGCAAAUGGAAAACAUGGCGUCAGUCUAAAGUCACAUGAUUGUUUUGUGUUUAUGUUAUUUGUGAUGUUUAUUUAUUAAUUUUGUUAUAAUGGCCAGUGAUAAAAUGAAAUGUAUUUUCUAUAAAGGACAUAAAGAUAAAAUCAUACUUUUCGUGGUUGAUAAACUGAAAAAAAAGCCAGGAAGUUUUGAAUAUACGUUUAAAAUAGAAAUUAAAAUACAGUGACAUCGAGUUGCCUACUGAAAUAAAUGAAACAGAUGGAUAUCACAGACAAUGUUACAGAAGUUUUACAGCAUUAAUGGCAAAAUACCGUGAUCAAUCGACUGAAAUAGAUAGUAUCAGUAAAUCUACUUCACAUACUUUGCUAUUAAAUACACCAGCAAAUGUUAGUGAAACUAUUGCGAGAAACAUAAAAAGUGAAAUCGUAAGUGAGGUUAGUGCUUCGAGUUUAAUUCAUUACACAACAUCCGGUGAUAAAUAUGAUUUUUUCUGGUUUGUGGGAGAGCAAUUACCUUCCACAGAUGCAGAUGUUAUUAUUCAAAAUGAUGGAAUAUUAGAAGACAAUGACAAUUCGCAAGACGAUGAUAUAAAUAAUUCUGACAGUGAGAGGAAAGAUGAUGAUGGUGAUUAUUUGAAGAUGCCUCCUUUUUUUGUGACACUAUUAUAGAUUGAAGAUAUUUCAAUUUAAAAAAAAUCUGAAACUUUGUAUUAUAUAUUUGUAAUUCACGUGUAAGUAAUAAUCAUUACUUCUUUAUUUAAAAAAUGUAAUUUUUGAACCUUCUUUGAUAUAGUUUUUAUUCCAUUCUUUUCAAUUUAUGCUUAUUUUAAUUAUAUUUUCAUUUUUAUGUUAAAAUUUUUUCAUUCCAACUUGUAUUUACAAGAACAAGUGUAAGUAAUGUAUUUUUGCAAUUAUUUCCUGUCUCAUUCUUAAAAUUUUCUGUUAUACACCAGCUGAUACGCUGCCGUCGCUUUCUAUCUCUCUUGCACUUUAAACUGUCUGUCUCUAACCACAAGCAUUAUACCGCAAUACUUUUCAUUACUUUUUUAUUUAUAUUUAAUACUUAACAAUCGAAUUAACGUCUGGCAAAUUA